AUGAUUCUCGCCACCACCGCCGUUUCCUGGCUCCGAUCCCGCUGCAGUCGGAGAAGCCGCUGCGUCUUGAUCUCCCUCUGCUCCCCGCUCAUCCUCCCGCUGCUCUUCAUAUCUCUCCCUCUGCUCUUCGCGCUCGAGAUUUGCCUCUGGCUCCGACUCUGUCGCCGAAGGAAGCCGCGGCGGUGGCGGUGGGGCGGCGGGGGGAGGAGGAAAUCGGCGCUGAUCGAAAAGGGGGCGACGGUGGCUCCGGAUGAGCGACUGCGGCGGUGCGAGGAAGGUUUGCGGAAUCGGGAGGCGGAUGCGGAGGAGGAUGGCGAAAUUGGGCGGCUGUUGCAAGUUUACUUGGAGGAUCAGCUACGGCUGGCUGGAUCGAUUGUGUUCGAGAGCGAUGAUGCGGCGGAGAGCGGCGGUGGCGGCAGCGCCGGCGGCAGAUUUGGCAAAUUCGGAUUUCGCGAGGAGAACAGAGAAGCGGUGGACUCCAACAUUGUCCCGCUGUUGACCUAA